CACCCACGCUUCCCUGGCUGUCAGUCUCCCUGCACCCCGGCCUCGCAGGUAGAGACGCCCCCUCCCGCGGUUCGCGCGGCUGGGAAGGAGGGGCUGGGCUCCGAGCGCCCGCCCCUCCAUCUAUCACAUGGCCGGAGAGUCACAAAAACAACAGCUUUGGCCAAGACCGUGACUUCAGGAAGGGAACCCAGGGCCCUCGCCGCCAGCCCCCUCCCCAUGGAGGACAGUUUUCUGGAAUCGUUUGGGAGGCUGAGCCUCCACCAGCGGCAGCAGCAACAGCAGCAGCCGCCUCCUCGGCCGCCGCCCGCGCGGGGGCCACCUCCGCGUCGCCACAGCUUUAGGAAACACCUCUACCUCCUGCGCGGCCUCCCGGGCUCGGGGAAAACCACGCUGGCCAGACAGCUGCAGCGGGACUUUCCCAGGGCCCUGAUUUUCAGCACCGAUGAUUUUUUCUUCAGGGAAGAUGGUGCCUAUGAGUUCAACCCGGACUUCUUGGAGGAAGCACAUGAGUGGAACCAGAAGAGAGCGAGAAAAGCAAUGCAGAAUGGCAUAUCCCCCAUUAUUAUUGAUAACACCAACCUGCACGCCUGGGAAAUGAAGCCCUAUGCCGUCAUGGCACUUGAGAAUAACUAUGAAGUUAUAUUCCGAGAACCCGACACUCGCUGGAAAUUCAACGUUCAAGAGUUAGCAAGAAGAAACAUCCAUGGAGUCCCAAGAGAAAAAAUACACCGAAUGAAAGAACGGUAUGAACACGAUGUUACCUUUCACAGUGUCCUUCACGCAGAAAAGCCAAGCAGAGCCAACAGGAACCAGGACAGGAACAGCACACCUUCCAGCGGCCCCGGGUACUGGAGCACCUGUACAGAGCUCCCCAGCCGGAGGGCUCACAGCGGCUUCUCCAACGAGAGCUUCAGAAGGGGCGGCUGUCACCACGGGUAUUAGCGGUCUGUGCACAGUCCCUGCAGAAUUUUCCUAAAGAAGUUUCUACUUCCA